AUCUCCCCCCAAACCCCACAUUUCUCCAUCCCAUUUCUCUCAUCUCUCUCCCUCUCUCUCUCUCUCUCUCUCUCUCUCUCUCUCUCUCUCUCUCUCUCAUCAUCUUUCCUUUAGGCACACCCAUACACCAACACACUUUCAUCCUUAUAUAUAUAUAUAGAUAUACAUAUCGAAGACGACGACUCAAACCCUAAAAAAAACCCUAAAACUUUAAAUCCUUUGAAGAUUGUGUAAUGGAGUUUGGCAGCAUUAUUGGGUUCUUGGAGAAUAGGUCUAUUCUUGUCACUGGUGCCACUGGCUUUCUUGCAAAGAUUUUUAUUGAGAAGAUACUGAGGGUGCAACCCAAUGUGAAGAAGCUUUAUGCUCUUCUUAGGGCAGCCGAUGCUAAGACGGCCGCCCUAAGGUUUAACAACGAGGUGAUCGCCAAAGAGUUAUUCAAGGUCCUAAAAGAAAAUUGUGCGGGAAAUUUAAAUUCGUUGCUUGCGCAAAAGGUUCGAGUUGUGGCCGGGGAUAUUACUACGGAGAAUAUGGGUGUAAAAGAUGCAUCUUUGUUGGAGGAAAUGUGGAAUGAGGUCGAUGUUGUGAUUAAUUUGGCUGCAAAUACCAACUUCGAUGAAAGAUACGACGUUUCAAUGGGAAUAAAUACACUGGGAGCUAUGCAUGUUCUAAAUUUUUCCAAGAAAUGCAACAAGUUAAAGGUUCACUUGCAUGUAUCGACUGCUUAUGUUGCGGGAGAAAGAUCGGGACUUAUACUCGAAACCCCUUAUAAGAUGGGGGAAACCCUAAACGGGGAACCUGGGCUGGACAUCGAUUUGGAGAAGAAGUUAAUCGACGAUACCUUGAAGCAACUCAAGGCUGAACAAUGUUCAGAAGACUAUGUUAAAUCAACCAUGAAAGAUUUGGGAAUUCAAAGGGCAAGGAAGUUUGGAUGGCCCAACACCUAUGUUUUCACCAAGGCCAUGGGAGAGAUGCUCUUAGGACAAUUGAAAGAAAACAUACCUCUUGUAAUUGUUCGACCUACAAUUGUCACGAGUACUUACAAAGACCCAUUCCCGGGGUGGGCCGAAGGUGUUAGAACAAUUGAUAGCUUAACUGUUGGAUAUGGUAAAGGAAGAAUAUCAUGCUUCCUCGGCGAUCCUAAAGCAAUUAUCGAUUUAAUCCCGGCUGAUAUGGUCGUGAAUGCGAUGAUAGUAGCCAUGGUGGCGCAUGCGAAUCAGGCGAAUGAAACUAUUUACCAUAUCGGGUCCUCUGUUUCAAACCCUGUGGAGUUUGCCACAAUUCAAAACUACGGCCAGAGAUACUUCAUGACGCAUCCGUGGAUCAACAAGGAAGGCCGGCCUGUCAUUGUUGGCAAUGUUACCGUCUUGAAUUCCAUGGAGAGUUUUCAGCGAUACUUGACGAUUCACUACUUACUCCCGCUCAAGGGACUACAAAUAUUGAACACGGCGUGCUGCCAAUACUUCCAAGGCACGUAUGUCGACAUGUGCCGAAAGAUCAAGUUCGUAUUGCGACUGGUGGAGCUUUACGCGCCGUAUUUAUUCUACAAAGGAUAUUUCGAUGAUAUGAAUGCUGAAAAACUCAGAAGGGCUGCUGUAGCAAACGGGGUCGAGGUCGAUAAGUUCAAUUUCGAUCCCAAAACCAUCAAAUGGGAUGAGUACUUCAUGGGCAUUCACUUGCCAGGAGUGGUAAAACAUGUACUCAAGUGAAAUAUUUGUCACAAUAUAUGUUUUAUUGCAUGUUGGUGUUUGGAUUUGGGAAUACUCAUGUUUCUGGAUCAAUAUAUAUAUAUAUAUAUAUAUAUAUUAUUUACUAGGAAUUUAAAAUUUAAAGUGUAUUUAGGGGAAGAUCUAAUGUCAUUACAUUCUAAGUGGAAUUGACUUUGAAUUGUAUUCAUUCCUUUGUACCUCAUUAUGGAGGCCAUAUACAAUAUGUGUAAUAGUCCUUUAUUA